AUGUCUGAUUCCUCUAGCUCUGAAUCAUGCAACCCUAACAGGGAGUAUCCUGUGUCUGACUCUGCAAACACCUCACAUGCAAGAAGACCUAAAGAAACGGUCUCAGGCUUCUCCUUAGCACUCGCUCUUGAUGAACAAACCAGAGAAGGCUCCAGGUAUGUUCACAAUUCCAUUGCAACCUUGGUAACUGGAAUUUUGUCUGGUAAUCAUAAGGUUCUUGGGGUCUCAGUUCCCCUAAACACGAUUGUACCAGAAAAUGUUGCUUGUCAAGAAAAUACAGUUUCCUUAGAAAAGAAUGUGCCUGAUGAGGCUGAGCAAAAUGAUGUUCAUGAGGGGUCAAAUAUUGACAAACGCUUAGAGAAUGUGGGUAGUGAGGCAGUUCGUGUCACUCAUGAUGUCAGUGACAACCCUAAAGCUGAUACAGUUAAUCUGGAAGAAUUCUCUGAUAAUGAACUGCUGGCCUUGGAGAGGGAACUGGAUCAGAAUGUCCUGGAGUGUAAGGAGAUUGUAGACCUCAUUCAAGAGGCAGGGUUAAUGAAAACUGUGACUCAGCUCUCAAAGUGCUAUGAGACUUUAGUAAAGGAGUUUAUUGUCAAUGUGUCUGAGGAAUGUGUUGAUGGAAAGUCUAGGGAAUUCAGAAAAGUUUAUGUGCGAGGAAAAUGUGUGAACUUCUCUCCCUCAAUAAUCAACAUGUAUUUAGGAAGACCUGAUGUAGCUCAACCUGAGCUGGAGGUGACUGACAACACAAUCUGUCAAGUCAUCACUGCUAAUCAAGUCAGGAAGUGGCCUCUGAAAGGAGAAACAUCAAGUGUUGGCAAUCAACAAGGUAAAGUUGCGGUCAUUGCCAUACUCAGAGAGACUUGCAAAGAGCUAGAGGCAAGGAAGCUCACCUUGGAAAAUUUGAUCAUCAAAUUGGAGAUGUCUAACGGUGGUGUGCUUGGUGAACCUGCUGAUGCUACAGAAGGAGCUGCAAGGCAAAGUGCAGAGGGUGAAGAGGAUGCCAGUCCUGAUGAUGGCACUGAUGAUGAGGCUGACUCUGAGUCAGAUGAUUAA